CCCAUUAAAGUGUAUUAAUAUACCAAAAGCGGUCGACCUUAAUUUUCGGUUUCGGUAUGAAAUGAUAUCCCACUCAUUAUCACGUCACUUCCCUCUUCUGCACUACACCUCUAUCCGACACUACUGUCUCCCUCUUUCAAAUCGUUUACAACUUCUUUUUUUCGUUCCCACAGAACUCCCCGUUUUUCUUUUUCUUUACAAAUAUGUUCUUCCCCCAGGCACCCUGUCCCUAGCAUCUCUCAAAUACUUCCCAUAGUCCUCAAAAUCUUUCCGGGUCGUCGCCGCUCGUUCGGCACCUCCUUUACGAAGCGCGUAAGAAUACCAUGUCCGGAAGCAGUCCUUAUGAGCGGAAGCGGUGAGAGGGUAGCGCACUCCUUUGGCGCGGUGCGCUUGAAGGAUCAGGAGUUCGAGGCUGCGGGGAGAAUGGGCUGGCAUUGCCGGUUUUGUGCGAGUCUUUGAUGGGGUUGGAACCGUCUCGGUCAAGCAAUUAUCGGAUUGGGUAGUUGUAUGACUUCAAUUCGUUUUAUUUCUUUGAUUUUGCGGGUGCGAUAUAAAGUUGCAGAGUGCGGGUGAAGAACGUUGAGAUAUUUCAAAUUCUAUUCCAGACGUAAAAGUCAGCCAAUGCAUUACUGUGAGACCCAAAAUCAGAUUCUGCAAUCAUUCAUAGUCGUGAUAACUCUUUAUCACUUGCAGACUGUCGCGCUCGUCGACCAAAGGCACUAAUUACUGACUAGACCUCAGUCAUCUACUGACAAAAACGCCAGAAUUACGCGAUCCACUCUCAUCACCAUUGUAUUCGACGAAAGGAAGAACUCACAGAGAAAACCUGUCAAUUGCGCACACGGAAAUUCUUUCCCGCAAUCUAGAAUCUGUUUCUCGAAGUUCAAGACGUAGAUGUGUAUGUACUGCUCAUGCUCACCUUCUUAUCCUUCCCCUCAUAAUCGUCCUCCAUUCGGGUCUCCACACCUAACUCCGCACUCUCUCCGCACAUAUAUGCAUGUACGUCUAUGCAGUGUAACUUAUCUCCCAGCACCGUAUCCAUCCAUGUACCCACUCACAUCAACAGUAAUCGCGAUAAUGGUUAUCGCACAAUUGCUUCCUCAGCUAAGAUGAUACCGGAUAUCUCGGAUUGACCGUAUAAGUAGUCAGCCUACAUACGUAUGUAUGAUGGAGGCGCGCGAUGCAACGAGUUCAUUGGUUGGAGGCUACACCGCAUUACACUGCAUUCGAUGAAGUUGCAUUUUCAUGGACGUCGAGGGUUGUGUAAGUGAGGGGAAGAUUUGGAAUCGUUGGGACGAGGUAAGCUCAACGUGCUUGCACUGAUAAGAUUACUGGGGAGCAGACAAAAUGAUGUAAGCCCUCACUGACGCUUCAUCUAAUUGAGCUUGGAUUUCGUUUCAAGACAGCUUCAUAUGAUAUAAGUUGUGAAGAGAGAAAAAAAAUCAACGCUUUCUUCAUUAAAAAGAAACUCCAAAAGGGCAAUAGUACUAGAAUAGAAUAGAGAUCUGAGAGAGAUUGCCGAAAAUAUGAGAUACCUCGCGGCCAAUCAAAAAACAUCGAUUUGUACCGCCAUGCAUAAAUCAUACAACUACACUGAAGACUGCACCUUCCACAACCCCGUCAGAAGACAAUCAAGCCACGCAAGAAAAUCCUUUGUUUCAUGUUCAAACCUCACCACAUCUUUCCCUUCAACCAACCAACAUCCUUUUGUGUUCUCGCUAUUGCCGGAGACGCCCUUCUUUUGUUCUUUGCACUGGCUGUUUUGGGGAUUUGAUUUUGUAUGACUCGAACAAUCUGCGAGAAAUGACGAGAUGUAGUUU